CCUCGGGGAGGGACUCCUGACGUCCUCCUCGUGGCGGUCAUUUUGUCUUUUGUCGGGUCAGUUGGUCCGCCCAGAGGCUCCGGAGCCAGGGGUCGCGAAGGAGAAGGCGCCGGAGGAGUCCCAGAGAGGCGGGUGCAAGGCUCGGGGUGGCCCGCAACAGGCUGGGAUCGGGACCUCCGUGCCUCCCAGGCCCCGCUGCGCCCUCAGACCCCGAUGGCGGCGGCCGCGCUGAGGGACCAGCCGCAGGUUAUAGACAUGAAACAAGAUGAGGAAACCCCUUCUGGGCAGAGUUUAUCUGUAGAAGGAGAAUCUCACAUCAGGGCUUCUGAGGCAGGUCGACCCACCCAGAAGACCCACCCCUGUGAGAUAUGCAUCCCAGUCUUCAAAGGUAUUUUGCACCAAGCUGAGGACGCAACAAUAUACCCUUUGCAGAAACCGUACUUGGGUGUCCCACGUGUGAGAUGCUUCUGUUUCGCUGCAGACCUUCACCAGCAACAGAAGCAUGACAGUGGAGAGAAGCCCUGGAAGAGAGAUGUGGACAGGGCCUCAUUUGUGAGGAGCUGUAGCUUCUUCAUGUCAGGGAAGCUUUUCACCUAGGAGGUCGGAGAGGACUUCCCGGCCACCUCAGGCCUUCUCCAGCGCCAGGCCUUUCCCAACAGUGAGGAGCCACAGAGUGGCAGUGAGAGUGGGAAGGCCUUUCACAGUGAAAAGAGUCUUUACAGGCAGGGUGAAUGUGAACUAGUUGCCAUCUGCAACCACACACUUGUUCAAGAUCGGAGUGUCUACUCUGAAAAAGGGCUUUACAAGUGUAACAAAUGUAGGAAAGCCUUCAACUGAAACUUCAGACUUGCUCAGCACCAGCAAAUUCAUGCUGGACAAAGGACAUAUGAGUGUAAUGAAUGUGGAAAUUUUUUUAGCCAAACCUCUGACCUUAAACACCAGAGAAUUCACACUGGAGAAAGGACUUAUGACUGCAAUGAAUGUGGAAAAGUCUUUAUCCACAAAUCCAAACUCAUUCACCAUCAGACACAACACGCUGGAGGAAUGCAUUAUGAGUGUGGUGAAUGUGGGAAGUCCUUUAGCUACAAAUCCAACCUCACUGAACACCAGCGAGUUCACACUAAAGAAAGACCUUAUGAGUGCAGCGAAUGUGGGAAGUCCUUUAGACAAAUUUUUAACCUUAUUCAACACGGGAGAAUUCACACUGGAGAAACGCCUUAUGAGUGUAGUGAUUGUGGGAAAUCUUUUAGCUGCAAAUUCGAACUCAUUCAGCACCAGAGAAUUCUCAGUGGAGAAAGGCCUAUGUGUGCAGUGAAUGUGGGAAUUCCUUUAGACAGUUCUCCAACCUCAUUCGACAUCGGAGUGUUCAUACUGGAGAAAGGCCAUAUGAGUGCACUGUUUGUGAGAGAUCCUUUAGUCGCAAAUUUAUCCUUGUUCAGCAUCAGAGAGUUCACACUGGAGAAAGACCUUAUGAGUGCAGAGAAUGUGGAAAAUCCUUUAUCCGUAAAUCUGACCUCGUUCAACAUCAGAGAGUUCAUACUGGAGAAAGGCCUUAUGAGUGCAAUGAAUGUGGGAAUUCCUUUAGCCAAAGUUCUAGCCUCAUUCAACACCAGAGAGUUCACAUGGGAGAAAGACCUUAUGAGUGUAGCAAAUGUGGGAAAUCCUAAAAGUGAAAAUCUAACCUCUUUGGACACCAGAAAAUUCACACUGGAGAAAAGCCUUAAGUGUGCAGAGGUGGUUUUAUUUCCUCACUCAGUAUAA